AUUUUGCCGACCAUUUGCAAAUCAACCGUCCAUGUCCGAGUCGAGUCUGAAAAGAUGUAAACCGAUCCGUCGAUUUGCAGUCCUCUUCUUCCUCAAUUUCUAAAACCCUAGCACAGAUCAUUCAGAAAUACAAACACUAGGGGAAAAUCAAGAAAAUGGCGAGCUCAAUUCUAUCAAAAAUGGCAAAAUCAGUCAGAAUCACCAAUCGCACGCUAAUUCCAUCUCAUUUAUUCCGCUGCCGUAUGCUUUGUACCAGUGUCGCCACCGCUUCCGAACAAGCUCAAUUUGACGCCGCCUCCUUCACAUUCUCCGAGGACAACGCUACAGAAGAUCCUAUAUUCGUCAAGGCUCCAGUUUCGAACUGCAGAGCCGAUUCUUCAUCCCCUUCCAGCUCCUCGGUGACGAUGCCGACCUCGUUCAUGACCGGUUCCGUUGUAGGCAAGCGCUUUUACCAGCAAGUGACUACGAGGGAAGCGGAUGAUCGGAAUGGAUGGAUGGUGAUGCUUGAUUACCGGACUCUGAAGACUCCUUCGAAGAGGCCGCUAAAGCUACCGACUCUUGGCCUCGCCAAGGCAGUUGCGGCUGAGUGGGAAUAUCAGGAAACAGAUGGUAUUAGACCUUUCACAAUGCCUCUAAUGAAAUUGGCCUGUACCGCAUUAGAAAGAGUGCCUCUUACCCGGCCCAAGAUUAUCGAACAUUUGAUGAAGAAAUUCAAUCAGGAUCUGGUUUUCUGUCGUGCUCCGGAGGAUAAUGUUCUAACGAGUGGUGUUUAUGAACGGCAAGUGGAGAAAAUCGAUCCUUUGCUUGACUGGGUGGGCUCAGAGUUUGGCUUUAAGCCUGUUGUAUAUUCCAGUUUUUUUGGUGGGAAGCAGGAGGAUGGUCUUAUAAAGGCUGUUGAAGAUCUUCUAAGGAAAACAGAUGACUGUGAAUUGGCAUCAAUCGAUGCCAUCGCAUCAGCUGCACACUCUUUAAUAAUUGCUAUUGGAAUUUUUCGUGGAAAGUUGCAGAUCGAAGAAGCAAUUGAGUUGAUUAGACUUGAAGAAGAUCUACAGGUGGAUAAAUGGGGUAUGGUUGAAGGUGGUCACGAUGUUGAUAUUGCUGAUCUACGAGUUCAGAUCUCAUCUGCCACGUGUAGAGUCUGUAGACAUUGUCAAGGCUCUCGGCAGCAUUGCACACAGAGAGGUGGCUGUUUCCAGAUAUCACAGUUACAACAGGCAGUGUCACAGUCAUUGUUGCACCCUACAUUAAACAUUUUCCAAUAUGAGAGUUCUUUUUGUUAAGAUUUCAUAAAUGUUAAACAAGGAUGCUUUUUGUAAGUGUUAGGUGAAUUUGGUAAGUCAAGAUUCUCACCUAUGCUCCUCUUUUAAUUUACCACCAAUUGUUUCAAUGUUUGAUGAUAA